AUGGCGUAUACAGAAGAAGAUUUACAAGAAGUAAUUAAAAUAUACAAAGAAAGUUUAGAGUCUGGGAAUCGAAUUUCCUAUAAUAAAUUAGGUAAAAGAUUUAAUAUACCUAGUCAUACUAUUAGAAGUCGAAUAAAUAAACCUUCAACAAAACCAAGGCCACCUCCCAAACAACUGAUUUUAACUCUUUCAAUGCAAAAUGAAUUGAGAGAAUGGCUUUAUCAAGGUAUAAUACACAAGGAAAUUAAUUGCUCAAAGGAAGUUAUAAGACAAAAUGCUGAAUAUAUUUAUAAACGUGAAUUUCCAAAUGGUAAAGUAACACAAGAUGAUAUUAAAAUUUUCAUUGAAGGAGAUUAUUUUUUAAAGAGUGAAUUAUCUGAUCGAAAUUGUCGUUCAAAAGGGAGUUUAACUAUACGUGAAAAAAGAAAUGAUCCUUAUUUUAGGUUAUUACCAGACUUUGAUGAAACAUUUAUGAAACCAAUAAUUGACCAAUGGCAUUUUUAUGUAAGUGAUUGGAUUUUUAAAAAUAAUGUACCAGCAAAUAGGAUAUAUAAUUUGGAAGAAAUAUGUUUCGAUAUAACUAAUGGUGUACUGCAACUACAAACUAAAUAUGUGGAUGAAGAAGAUGUUUUUGUAUCAAGGUAUGAAAAAUGGAAUUUAUUAACUUCUAUAUUGAUUAUAUCUUUAAGUGGUGAAAUUUUACCACCAGUCAUAAUACAUAAAAGAGAAAAUAUAAAUUCAAAUCAUGUUAAUGAGAAUAAUAAUAACCCUACAAAUUGGUUAUAUGGUACUACAAAUUCCGGUUGGACUACAUCUCAAUUACUUUUAACAUUGUUAAAAAAUCAUUUAACAAAAUUAAUGGAUGCUGGUAAAGAUAAACCACCAAUUGGAUUAAUUUUAAAUGGAAAUGUUCUGCACAAAAGUAUAGAAUUUCAAGAUUAUUGUAAACAAAAUAAUAUACAAUUACUUUAUGUACCUACACCUUCAAAAACUAUAGCUCAACCAUGUAAUAAUUUAGUUGAAAACGUAAUAAAGAAACAAUGGCAAGGUUUAAAAACUCCAAUUAAUGAAAUUGAUCCAAAUCUUUCAAAUUAUAAAAAUGAUUUUAUUUAUAAUUAUAAGUUAGCAUUAGAAAAAUUAACACCACCAAUUAUACAAAGUGCAUGGGAAGAAGCUGGCAUUUUAUCCCCUUUGUGA